AUGGCGUCCAAACGAAAAGCCUCGGCCAUGGCAGCCACAGUCUCCGAGGAACCAGUUGACCCAGCGGACGAGUUGAUGUUUCUUUGCCUUGGGGGUGGAAACGAGGUCGGCAGGUCAUGUCACAUCAUCCAAUACAAAGGAAAGACGGUCAUGCUCGAUGCUGGUCAACACCCGGCGUACGACGGCCUCGCGGGGCUUCCUUUUUUCGAUGACUUCGACCUCAGCACAGUCGACGUACUUCUGAUCAGCCAGUAA